CAAGUGCAAGUGUCGCCCUUACUGGACCAGCUUGCUGAGAUCUCCCUGCAGGGGCUCUCUUCAACCGCCAUGCCCUCCUAUACUGUCACAGUGGCCACCGGCAGCCAGUGGUUCGCUGGCACCGACGACUACAUCUACCUGAGCCUCGUGGGCUCCACUGGCUGCAGUGAGAAGCACCUGCUGGACAAGCCCUUCUACAAUGACUUCGAGCGUGGUGCGGUUGACUCUUACGAUGUGACAGUGGAUGAAGAGCUGGGUGACAUCCAGCUUGUUAAAAUUGAGAAGCGCAAGUACUGGCUGCAUGACGACUGGUACCUAAAGUACAUCACGCUGAAGACACCCAAUGGGGACUACAUCGAGUUCCCCUGCUACCGCUGGAUCACGGGCGAGGGCAACAUCAUCCUGAGAGACGGACGAGCAAAGUUGGCCCGGGAUGACCAGAUUCACAUUCUGAAGCAGCACAGACGCAAAGAACUGGAAACACGACAAAAACAGUAUCGGUGGAUGGAGUGGAACCCUGGCUUCCCCUUGAGUAUCGAUGCCAAAUGCCACAAGGAUUUGCCCCGCGACAUCCAAUUUGAUAGUGAGAAAGGAGUGGACUUUGUUCUGAACUACUCCAAAGCGAUGGAGAACCUGUUCAUCAACCGCUUCAUGCACAUGUUUCAGUCUUCCUGGAAUGACUUCCCCGACUUUGAGAAAAUCUUCGUCAAGAUCAGCAACACUAUCUCUGACAGAGUCAUGAAACACUGGCAGGAAGACCUCAUGUUUGGCUACCAGUUCCUGAAUGGCUGCAACCCCGUGCUGAUCCAGCGCUGCAGGAGGCUGCCAGAGAAGCUCCCAGUGACCACAGAGAUGGUGGAGUGCAGCCUAGAACGGCAGCUCACAUUGGAGCAGGAGGUCGAGCAAGGAAACAUUUUCAUCGUGGACUUUCAGCUGCUGGAUGGCAUCGAUGCCAACAAAACUGACCCCUGCACGCUGCAGUUCCUGGCCGCGCCCAUCUGUUUGCUGUACAAGAAUCUGGCCAACAAGAUUGUGCCCAUUGCCAUCCAGCUCAAUCAAGUCCCGGGAGACGAGAACCCCAUUUUCCUCCCAUCGGAUGCAAAAUACGACUGGCUCCUGGCCAAAAUCUGGGUGCGUUCCAGUGACUUCCACGUCCACCAGACCAUCACCCACCUCCUGCGCACACACUUGGUGUCUGAAGUUUUUGGCAUUGCCAUGUACCGCCAGCUACCUGCUGUGCACCCCAUUUUCAAGCUCCUUGUGGCACACGUGCGGUUCACCAUCGCCAUCAACACCAAGGCCCGCGAGCAGCUCAUCUGCGAGUACGGUCUCUUUGACAAGGCCAACGCCACAGGGGGCGGUGGGCACGUGCAGAUGGUGCAGAAAGCCAUGCAGGACCUGACCUACGCCUCCCUGUGCUUCCCCGAGUCCAUCAAGGCUCGGGGCAUGGACAGCACAGAAGAUAUUCCCUACUACUUCUACCGGGACGACGGGCUCCUGGUGUGGGAGGCCAUCAAGACGUUCACCUCCGAGGUGAUAGGAAUUUACUAUGAGAGUGACCAGGUGGUGGAGGAGGACCAGGAGCUGCAGGAUUUCGUGAAGGAUGUUUACGUGUAUGGCAUGCGGGGCAAGAAGGCUUCAGGUUUCCCCAAGUCUGUCAAGACCAGGGAGAAGCUGUCGGAGUACUUGACUGUGGUCAUCUUCACUGCCUCAGCCCAGCACGCAGCAGUGAACUUCGGCCAGUAUGACUGGUGCUCCUGGAUUCCUAACGCACCCCCAACCAUGAGGGCCCCACCGCCAACAGCUAAGGGCGUGGUCACCAUCGAGAGGAUCGUGGACACACUACCAGACCGUGGUCGCUCCUGUUGGCAUCUGGGCGCAGUGUGGGCGCUCAGCCAGUUCCAGGAAAAUGAGCUAUUCCUGGGCAUGUACCCAGAAGAGCAUUUCAUUGAGAAGCCCGUAAAGGAGGCGAUGGCCAGAUUCCGCAAGAACCUUGACACCAUCGUCAGUGUGAUCGCCGAGCGCAACAAGAACAAGAAACUGCCAUAUUACUACUUGUCCCCUGACCGGAUUCCCAACAGCGUGGCCAUCUGAGCCAGUCUCACUCCUGGGAUCUGGACCCAGGACUGCAGCUGCUCAAGGCUGGCUUGGACCCAGAUUCCAUCCAGUCUGCCUGUAUGGCAGACAAGCUCAUGGUCAACAGUGGGCAGGCCCCCUGGCAGCUGGCUCCUCCAAAACCCACCAGGAUUCCUGGGAAUUCUGCCCUCAGACCUCAAGCUAAUUUGGCUUCAAACCUAGGGCUGCCCCAUGUUAGGUCCUGUUACAGCUAAGUUUCAGUGCAUUUUCUUGCUUAUUCCUAAAUCUUCAGUGAGUCCCACACUUUGAUCACAGUGUGAAAAUACAGGAAGCAUAAAGCUACGUGUUCGGUGCCCAGCUCAGUGCUUCCAUGCCAAGCAGCAACAGUAAAUCCAGGUAGCAGAGAUAUUGGCUGUUGAAGACACGGAAUUUUCUGUUCUACAUGUGCUUCUUCCCAUUUUUGCACACAGUACAUGUCCAAAUAAAUACUUGUUG